AUGGAAUCCAAUUUAUUAACUCAACUGUCAAACGAUUACAUAAAACUUUUUAAAACAGGAGAAUAUUACGAUGUUGUUUUGUGUGCUGGACAAGAACCAAAUCGUAAAGAAUUUCGAGUGCAUUCACUUGUCUUACGAGCAAGGUCUGCAUAUUUUCGUAGUGCUUUGUCAAGCAAUUGGGUACGAACUCAGGAAAAUAUAAUGUUAUUUUUUAAACCUAAUGUUUCACCUGAAGUAUUCGAAGUUAUUCUCAAUUUUUUGUAUGGCGGCACAGUUUGCUUGGCAGAAUAUGAUGCAAAAGUAAUUCUUGAUGUACUAAAAGCUACGGACGAACUUUGCAUACCUGAUCUAUCUGAGUAUAUCCAGAAUUAUCUUCUUACCCAUCCUUGGAGAUUAAUGUCACAUUUCAUUUUUGUUCAUCGAUUUGCUACCGAACAAGGUGAACGUUAUCCGAAAAUAAGAAAAUGUGUUAUUGAACUCAUUAAAGAGAACCCUACAACAAUAUUUGAUUCUAGCGAUUUUACUACAAUGGACCAAAAUACUUUAUUAUCUUUUUUCAAAUGUCAACAUUUUUUCAUGAAACCUGUUGAAAUAUGGAAGAGAAUUAUCGAAUGGGGAAUUGCAAAUACACCUGGUUUACCAAAUCCAAAGACAAAAUGGGAAACGGAAAAUUAUGAUGCUUUGGGUGAAUCUUUAAAAUCGUUCAUUCCAUUGAUUAAAUUUGAUGAAAUGAAUUAUGAUGAAUUUUUGAGAGAAGUACAACCUUGGCGAAAUUCAUUGGAUUAUGUGGAUCAUGAACUUUAUGAAAAAGUAGACUCGUCUAUUCAAUUAGUUAGUUUUAAUAAUAGAUUAAAAACAAUUAAUAUUAAUUCAGUUCUUAUUACAACAUAUGACGCAGAA